UCUAUUGGCUCUCUUUGGACGUUGGGGGGGCAGAAAUACAUUACAGAAUGAUCUGGGUACUGAAAGAUUUUGACGAUUUAGCUGUUACGACGAGAAUUGUCUCUAAUGGCUAGCUUGAUUUCUAUGAGAAAUGAAGUUCCUCUUGUCAAAGCUCUGUUUGCAGCAAUCCUCAAAGGGCAUUGGGACAACGUUUUGAAGGCCAAGGUUGGGUCUUGUGUCACAUCAAAUACCAUUAACCAGGUAUUACCUUUUCUUUCUCUGUAUGGGUUCUCUCUUUCACUGUCGUUCUUCAAAUGGGUGGAAUUAGUUCCUGGUUACAAGCACUCUCUUCAGUCUAACUGGACUAUGAUCCACAUCCUCACCAAGCAACGCCAAUACAGGACUGCACAGAACCUGCUUGAAAAAAUUGCCCUAAGAGAUUUCUUAUCAUCACCCACUGUCUUGAAUGCACUUUCUCAUACCCACGAUGAUCAAGACUCGAAUUCUCAAGUUCUUAGCUGGCUUGUCAUAUUCUAUGCUAAUUCCAAGAUGAUUCGUGAUUCUAUUCAAGUCUUCGACCACAUGAGAGUUAAUAGGCUUAAGCCUCACUUGCCCGCAUGUGCGGUUCUGUUGAAUUCAUUGGUGAAAGAUAGAUUGAUCGACAAAGUAUGGAAAACAUAUAAGAAGAUGAUAAACAUAGGCGUCAAUCCGAAUUCACAGAUAUUCAAUGUGUUGAUUAACUGUUGCUGCAAAUCUAAGGACGUUGAGAAAGCAGAAGAGUUAAUCAGUGAAAUGGAAUUGAAAGGUAUUCAUCCUAAUCUCAUCACUUUCAAUACAUUAAUCUCUCUAUACUCCAAAAAAGGAAUGCACUAUGAAGCUUUAUCUGUCCAACAUAGAAUGGAACAAGCUGGCAUAUCACCCGACAUAGUCACUUAUAACUCCCUUAUUUACGGCUACUGUAAAGAAGGUAGAAUGAGAGAGGCUUUCAGGUUUUUCAAAGAAAUAAACGGGGCUACACCUAACCACGUAACCUACACGACCUUGAUAGAUGGAUAUUGCCGAGUGAAUGAUCUAAAUGAAGCUUUGAGGCUGCGUGAAGAAAUGGAAGCUAAAGAGCUCUUUCCAGGAGUUGUCACCUACAAUUCUAUUCUUCGUAAGCUCUGUGAAGAAGGCAAGAUUAACGAUGCUAAUAAGCUUCUGAGCGAGAUGAGCCAAAAGAAGAUCGAUCCUGAUAAUGUCACGUGUAAUACCUUAAUCAACGCGUAUUGCAAGAUCGGAGAUAUGACUUCUGCAUUGAGAGUGAAGAAGAAAAUGUCGGAUGCUGGACUGAAGCCCAAUCAGUACACUUAUAGAGCGUUAAUUCAUGGAUUCUGCAAGAUAAUGGAUCUCGAUACUGCUAAAGAGUUCUUGAUUGAUAUGAUCAAGGAAGAACUGCGCCCCGGUUCUUGCACUUAUCAUUGGAUUGUUGACGGGUACUGCAAGAAAUGGAAAGAAGGAGAAGAAGCAGUUAUGGGAUUGCUGGAGGAGUUUGGUAGGAAAGGUAUAUGCGUAGAUAUAUCGAUUUACAGGGCGAUUAUACGAGCUUUAUGUAAGAGAGACAGGAUUGGUUGUGCUGAGAAGAUAUUUGGUGUUAUGAAUGGUAAAGGGAUAUUGGGAGAUUGUGUUGUUUGUAGUAGUUUGGCUUAUGCUUAUUUUAGAGGUGGAAAUGUUGCUGCUGCUUCAAAUAUAUUUGAAGAUAUGUAUAGGAGGAGGUUGAUGAUAACACCCAACAUUUAUCGAAGUCUGACUACUACUUAUGUCGACGAUGAUAGUGUCUUUGGUGUCUUCUGGGAUCAGUUGGUUGCGAGAGGUUUAGUAUCGGAGAUCGUUCAAAAGCAAAUACAGGAUUUGAAAAUCCAAUCUUGAAUCACCUUUGUUGUGGAAAAUAACAAGUAAUGUAUUUUUUAUUUUGAGUUUAGAAAACUAGUAAGAGAUAAAAAAAAAAAUAGUAAUCCUUCUUCUAAUCUAUCCACAAAAAUAGGUGGAUA